CUGGGCAAUCGUACCACAUCUGAAAAAAAGUUCAAAUUUGCUGUCGUUACCCCUGCAGCGUCAAUUGCCCUCGGCCCCGGGGAUCACAGCAGAAUCGCUCGCCUUCCCCUUCCAACAUCCCUAAGAUGACAUCCUUCUUUCGCGCCUCACCAGCCAUCCUGUCAUAUGCCUCUCAGCCCGUAUCUCCAUCUCUAGAUGGAUCAAAUGCACCCUCCUUUUUCGCGAGCCUCAAGUCAUCUGUGGAUCCAUUCUGGACAAGCAACACAGUAUUAACGGUUGUUGGCACCACUAUCCUUUUGCUUCUCGUUCUCGAGCAAACGAAUUACCGAAUAAAGAAGUCUUGGCUGCCAGGUGAAAAAUGGACGAUACCUAUCAUUGGCCAAUUUGUCGACAGCAUGUAUCCUUCAUUGGAAAACUAUCAGAAGCAAUGGGAUAUGGGUCCUCUAAGCGCAUUGAGCGUCUUCAACAUUUUUAUUGUUAUGGCAUCCACGAACCAAUAUACGCGUAGAAUUCUCAAUAGUCCUUUGUAUGCUGGACCUUGUCUUGUACACUCUGCAAAGAAGGUUCUGGAGCCCGACAAUUGGGUUUUUCUUAAUGGAAAGGCGCAUGCAGACUAUCGCAGAAUGUUGAAUGCCCUUUUCACAAGAAAGUCAUUAGCCAUAUAUCUCAAGACCCAAGAUGACAUUGCUCGGAAAACCUUCAAGAAAUGGCUGGAAUCGGAUCAAUCUCUGACUCAUUCGGAUAUUAUGACGUCCGUACGCGACUUCAACAUGGAGACUUCUCUCCGAGUCUUUUGUGGUCCACAUAUUCCUGAACAUGCUGUGCGCCUCAUCACCGGCCAGUACUGGAAGAUCACCAAGGCCCUCGAGCUUGUCAACUUCCCACUCGCCCUGCCAGGGACGAAGAUAUGGGGAGCAGUUCAAGCUCGUAAGGAAGCAAUGAAAUGGCUGGAAGGCGCUGCAAAAGCGAGCAAGGAGGCCAUGAGGCGGGGGGAAGAGGUCAAGUGCCUUAUCGACGAGUGGACUCGAGAGAUGAUUCUUGCCUCGGAGUCGGAGGGUGAGGCCAAGUACAAGAUGGACUUCUCGGACCAUGAAAUUGCGCAGGUUGUCCUCUCGUUCUUAUUCGCAUCACAAGACGCGAUGUCAAGUGGAAUCAUAUACAUGUUCCAACAUUUGGCAGAUUACCCGGAUAUUCUCGCGAAGAUACGCGAGGAGCAGAUACGCGUACGUGGUGGCGAUCUAGAGAGUCCUAUGAACUUGGAAUGGUUGGACGAAAUGCCAUAUAUCCGGGCUUGCGUUAAGGAGAGCCUUAGAGUCAAGCCUCCAGUGACUAUGGUUCCCUACGUUGCACAUAAAGAUUUCCCAAUCUCGGAGUCGUACACCGUUCCGAAAGGCAGCAUGGUCAUCCCUUCUUUAUAUCCAUCGUUGCUCGACGAGAACGUAUACCCUGAUCCUCACAAGUUCAUUCCCGAGCGCUGGCUGGAUGAGAACAGCUCGGCAAACCAGAACCCGGCCCACUACCUUGUUUUUGGUGCAGGACCACAUAGAUGUAUUGGUCAAGAGUAUACGACAAUGAAUAUGGCGACGGCUUUGGGGACUGCUGCGAUUAUGAUGGAUUGGGAUCACCUGAAGACUCCAAAAAGCGAUAAGGUCCAAAUCAUUGCAACCAUCUUCCCCCAGGAUGGGUGUCUUCUCAAAUUCACCCCUCGCAAUUCUACUUGAUCCCACAGUUUAGUAUUAAUCUUUUAAGGUCCCUAUCAUGAUCC